UUGUAAGCGAGUGCUCCUAAGUUUAGUUUUGGGUGUUCAUUCGAAAAAUGUAUGAUCGUUGUUGGAUCUGUCGGCAACAAAAGACCACUGGCUUGGGUUUGUUGUCGCAAAUUGGCAAGCAAAAUACGAUUUCCGAGAUAAUUAAAGCUGUCGUCGGUAUCAAGUUGGAUGAUUACGUUGAAAUUGACCGCCUUGUUUGCAGUCCCUGUGUCGAUCAGUUAAAUAAAACCUAUAAACUUUGGAGACAAUGUAGGAAGUCUCAACUGCAGCAAAAAUGUGCUGAAGGCGAAGAAGACGAACAAUAUUUCUGCCGACUAUGUGCGAAACACGACGUCGAUGAGUUAAUCGCAUUAGCUUGUGUUUGCGAUACUUGGAGUAUGAAGGUCAGCGAUAUGGUUGAGUUUUUGUCCGGGGUAGUCAUUAAAAGUGACGAUAGAUUAUCGCCGUACAUAUGUGACGAUUGUCUACAAUUCGUAAAUAAGGGUUGUAUGUUCAAGCAGAAGUGCUUGGAAGCGGAAUUGUCAUUUCUUAGUCACGUUGCGCGUAAAUGGGAUAUGAUGAAAUUCAAGGAUGGCAGGAGCAAUGACCUAGUCGUUGACUUGUAUACCACUGCUCUUCCGCGCUGGAAUACACAAGAGGGUAAUAUUACCCACACUUAUUGUAUGAUAUGCAGUUUGGAAACUCCAUUUCAUCUAUUCUCAAACACAUGCAACGGAUGCCGUUUGGAGUACAAGAAUUUUGAUGACAUUAUCAACAGUAAAAAUAUACCUAUAGAAAUAGCCCAGCUUGAAACAGAUUCAAAUUCGAAUGUGGAUGAAAUGGAAUCCGAUUGUUCGAUAGAUGAAGAGCCCAGUGCUGUCAGUUUAUCUCCUAAAAAGAAUCGUGCUGCGGAGGUUAAUCAUAACAAGCAUGCCAAACCACCUCCAGAUAUCAAAAAUUGCUUCGAAGUUGUUGAAAAUAUAGAUGCCAUGUACCAAAGAGUCCGUCGUAAGGGACCAAUGUGUUGCGGUUGCAAAAUUUUUUUUCUAUCCUACGCUGAGUUGGAGCGGCACCGCGAAAUGUAUCAUGUUGAAAUGCUCGCUGAGGCGGAAUCUUGUUUCGCUUGCGAAGGUUGUGGGAGGUUGUUCCGUACCAAAGGUAACCUUAGGACUCACGUGGCAAAGUCAGAACAAGACACAUUUUACUACUGCAUAAUUUGCGAAAAACUUUUUUUUGACAACUAUAAUUUUAAACUACACAAAGCAGCAAUACAUGCAAACGGUAUUGCUGAUAGUGCGGAAAUUCUCGAUAAGUUUAAAACGAAGACGGUUUUGCGAUACAAAUGUAAGAUGAGCGACUGCAGGAAACUAGAGAAAACCGCUGCAAAAUUCCAAAAGCAUUACUCUGACCGUCAUGAAUUAGAGCUCGAUAAAGAGGAGCUUAUCAAUGAUCCAUCCUACCGGGCAAGAGUAAAAAUGCAUUAUUGCAAGGUGGAUGGGUGCAAAGUUGUUUCAAUAAGUUUGCCAUUUAUGAUUAGGCACUACUCUGUGUAUCAUUCAACGCAGCCAGAGAAAAACGUCGGAAUUCCGCCUAUGACGAUAGCUGAUCACAAAUCAAGUUUUAAACCGGAAGCUCCAGAUAUUAACCAAUUCACCAUGAUUGAUAGCAUAGAUAACGCAAUAGGUAUUCUAAGAACCGACAGUGAAUUUUGCUGUGGAUGUUUCACAUUUCAUAAAACAGCUGACGAUUUACAACUGCAUGUUUCAGCAGUACAUGAUAAUAAUGCGGAAAAAAAAUUUGCAUUUGUUUGUGAUAAAUGCACUAAAGGGUUCUAUGCUAUGCCCGAAUAUUCAUAUCACAUGUCCGUAUCUAACAAAGGAAUUUACUAUUACUGUCAGCCAUGCGAGCUAUUUCUUUGGGAUAUGCGGGAAGUAACUCGCCACAAAAUGGUCUGUCUUCACCGAGAAACCAUAGACAACAAGAUUCUGUUCGAUACCGUUCCGUGUACAACGUUUGUUUGUUGUGGUUGUAGCGAAAAGUUUGAUCUAGAAGACAAACUUAUUGAGCAUCGCAAAAGCGUUCAUCAUGAUCCACCCAAGCCCAGCAAUCGUUGGAGGAACACGUCGGUUUGCAAUUUCUGUCACAAACACUUCCAGAUGAAAGAAGAACUAGAAAAACAUGAAGCUCAGUUUUCUAAUACAAAUUUAUACAAAUGCAAGGUUGGCCAGUGCAUAUUCGAGACUAGAAAAAUAGCAGUGAUCAAAAAACAUGUUUUCACCCGGACUCAUCUGGACCCCAGCGGCUUAAGUGUUCCCGUUUACAACCCGCAGCCAACAGAAUAUGAAUGUUGUAUUUUUUCUUGUGAUUUCGUUAGCAUGUCCCAUGCUGAUGUAGUCAAACAUGUGACCGAAUGUCAUAAUAAUGCGAAAUCGUAUAAUGCUGUAAGAUACGGCAGCCGAAGAUUUCCCUGUGAAGCUUGCAGCAAGGGGUAUGAUACCUGGUACCAGCUACUGAACCAUAUAAGCAAAAGGCCUACAGUAAUUUGCAAAUUUUGCGGCAGAAAUAUGCCGAAAGCAGAACUGGUUAUUCAUCAACCAGACUGUCCUAAGAAAAUUGAAGUCGGUUGUGAUGUAUGCGGUAAACAGUUUGAAGCAGAAAGACUUAUGAAAGUGCAUAAGAAAAAUUAUCACAAAAAUGCUCGUAAACGAUCAAUGGGUACAGUUUGCAACGUAUGUGGAUUAUUAUUUACGAAUAUUAAGGCUCACAUGCUAACUCACGGUGAUCAGAAGCCGUUCAAAUGCAGUCAAUGCCCGAUGGGUUUUCGAUCGAAGAUAGCACUUGAUAAUCAUGGUGCCGUUCAUACAAAAGAGAAAGCUUUCCUUUGUCGUUAUGAAGGAUGUACCAGUCGCUAUGCUCAUGCUACCGAUCGCUUCCGACAUGAACGACAAGUCCACAUGAAUAUCAUGCCGUUUAGCUGUACUAUGUGUUCAAAAUCUUUUGGACGAGACCGGGAUCUGCGACUACACCAGCGGAUGCACACCGGGCGAAAGCUAUAUCCUUGCGAUAAAUGCAGUGCCAGCUUCGACAAAUUAAUCGACCUUAAGCGGCACGAGUGUGAUGAUGAAUCUUAGAUUUGACUUUUUUUUUCGUUAUGUCGUUCUAACAGUAAUAUGUUAUAAUUUGCAAGCAUAAAUACUAAAACGUUAUAAAUAAAAUGGUAAACACGUAAAAAUUUGUAAAAAAGAGAA